AUGUCUACAGCACAGGGAUCUCUGGCCACGGCCACGGCCACGGCCACACUGGUGCCAUCUCAGUCAUCAGUUUUAGCUUCUGAUAACAAGUUAUCGCAAUCGACAACGACAAAAACAACAAAAACGACAGAAUCUCGACCUAAAAAGGUGAAUGAGUUUAACGAUGGGCGGGAAAAACCACAUUACACAUGGGGCCAAAGUUGGAAAGACUGGAUCAAACAAAGCUGGAGUUCAAACUAUGACAAUUCAACCAUUGAGAGUAGAUUAUUGUCGCAGUUACCAUUUUAUCCUGAAAGCGAUGGUAAAAGAAGAGCUAGCGUUGUCAAUACUGAUAUCGGAAAUGGACAGUUUAUUCACGAGUUUUACAUUGAGAAUAUUGAAAAAGAUGAAACACCAGAUAUUUGUAAAGAGAUUGUUUUGGUACAUGGGUACGCGGCAUCACUUGGAUUAUUCAUUGACAAUUUUGAUCUGUUGAGCUCCAUACCGGGGACAAAGAUCCAUGCUAUUGAUAUAUUGGGAUUCGGAUUGAGUUCAAGACCAAAGUUUCCUAAUCUCGCCUCAUCUUCUAAACAAGAUAUAUACAAAGUUGAGGAUUGGUUUAUAGAUCCUUUAGAGACGUGGAGACAAAAGCGUGGGAUCAACAAGUUUGUACUAAUGGGCCAUUCCUUUGGAGGGUAUUUGAGUUGCGCUUAUGCUCUAAAGUACAACAAGACAAUAACGACCCCAUUGACUGGGUUGCAAUCGAAUUUAAUUGAUAAGCUUGUUCUUAUAAGUCCCGUUGGGGUGGAGAGAAACAAGUACUCCUUUUUGAAGAAGGAAUCCAAUCCACGCAUUUCACUUGAACAAGAAGUUUUGGCAGAUCAAGAGGAUAUAGUAGAGGGUAAACCAUUGGAAGAACCGCCAAAAACACGCACAAGGCAACUUUUUGACUACAUGUGGGAAAAGAACUAUUCACCUUUUUCAAUAAUCAGAAAUUCUGGUCCAGUUAAGUCCAAGCUCAUUUCGAGAUGGACUACCCAUAGGUUCGCUCAUGUGUACUAUCACGACCAACAAAGUUUUCAAAACAUGCAUGAUUAUAUCUAUAGAAUAUUCAAUGGGAAAGGAUCUGGGGAGUAUGCUAUAACAAGAGUGUUGGCAGUUGGUGCGUUGGCCAAACUUCCAUUAAUUGAUCGAUGUCCCAAGAGGUUUGUUGAUAUGAAAUUGCCUACCCUUUGGAUUUAUGGAGAUAAAGACUGGAUGAAUGAUGAAGCUGGACUAGAAAUGACAAACGAAAUAAAUGAUUUGUCAAUCGAUGAGUAUUCAAAGAAGUUGGCCUCAUUCAAAAUCAUCAAAAACGCCGGCCAUCAUCUUUACCUCGACAAUCCUCCUGAUUUUGCUCGAGUCAUUUUCAAGUUUCUCAAUCUUAAAUAG